GAGUUUAUUAGGAACCAAACUUUUUCUCUCGGCUGGUUAAGCCCGCACAUUCCUUUCCCACACCCCAUAGCCAGCGAAACUUGUCCCCCACCCUUUCCUCGCAAGAACUUGGGACCCAAGAAGUGACUCUUCCACCUACAUACAUUUUUCUCGAAACGACGACUGGCACUCCGCUACAUACGUUUCUGACCCUCGACCGCUGUUCGGGAUAUAUCACGUACACACUACACAGUACACCAGAUGGCUUCCCCGCACUGCAAGAGCUCAAAAAGUGCCCACGGGGCGUUUCUUCUCCUCUUCCUCUUGCUGGGUCUUUGCAACUUGGCUUUGGGAGCAGAUAUCAACCCGGUCUUGAAGAAGUUUAUCACAGUCCCUGACAAAGAUAUGCCAGGCUAUCCCGAAUGGUCUGUACUGGCUAAGAAGAAUUUGAGUUCCUGGGAUGAUGGAAAUUGGGUGCUAUCAUCGACAGAACCGAUGAGUGGAAUGUUUCCUGUAAAUCAUGGUCUCUCUAACGGGUACAUUGGAGUGGCUGUCGCCGAUAUAGGCCCUUACUUUGAUAUUGAUCGCAACAUGACCAACCACAACGGCAGCCAACCAAAUGAAGGAUGGCCCCUCUUCAAUGUUCGGCAGACCUUCGGAACAAUUGCCGACUUCUACGCGUGUGUUCCAGAACUGCCUGGGUCCAACUACCCAGAACUACUGCAACUUGGUUGCGAAAGUGUAAUUGCAGGCAUUCCACAUUUUAUGGGUCUUAAAUUGGCUGUUGGAGAUCAAGUCUACGAUGUAGACAUGGACCUCGACUCUAUCAAGAAAGAAUUUCUUGCGGAUGUUGACUUCCAGAAGGGUAUUUACGCCUGGCGGACCACUUGGUCUCCACGCGGGCUUAACGUUUCGCUGGACAUAGAAAUCACAUCAUUUGUCCAUAGGCUUCGGGCUAACGUUGCAGGCACGCAACUGCAAGUGACGGCACGAGGAGGAGAUGUCAAUUGUACCAUCAUUGACAUAUUCGAUGGAAGAAGUGCGGUCCGUUCAAAUCUUGGGGAGAAAGGACUUUCCAAUAACUCCUCUAUGUACGUUUCACUCCAUCCUGACGGCCAGCCCAAUGUCACUGCCUGGGUGGUGUCCACCGCGAAUGUCUCGAAUGGUUUUACAGACGAAUCCUCUCGAAGAACUGUAACCGGUCCGGACAAUGGUAACAACAUGACCAUUGGGCAGGAAUGGAAUGUGCAUCUCGUCAAGGGCAAGACCGCCGUUUUCGAGAAGUUUGUGGGUAUUGCAUCAACAGACAAGUUCCCUAAUGCUGGAAAGACCGCCAGUGAAGAGUCAUCGAGAGCCUUUAGAGACGGAUGGGAUACAGUGAUUACCACUCAUGUUGAAGAGUGGAAAGAGUUAAUGGCAGCCCAUCAUAUCACAAGCUAUCGAGAUCCCGUUACAGGUCGCCUCCCCGAAAACGAAACAUCAAUUGAAAAGAUUCAGAUUGCUGCUGUGGCAGACGCUUACUACCUUCUGCAGAAUCUCCAGUCCGCAGGAAGCGGGCUAGACGAUGCUGGAGUUGCGGUGGGUGGCCUUACCUCCGAUACGUAUGGAGGGAUGUUAUUCUGGGACCAAGACUUCUGGAUGUCCCCAUCCAUCCUCGCCCAUUGGCCUAAUUAUGCCCGCCAGUUUCUUUUGGCUCGAGUGAAACAUCUUCCUCAAGCACAACUCAAUACUCAAGCCCCAUACGUCCAAGAUGCAUACAAAUUCCCUCAAGGUGCGGCGUUGUACUCCUGGACUGCGGGGAAAUACGGCAAUGCAACUGCCACUGGUCCAGCUUUAAAUUACGAGUACCAUAUCAACUCUGAUAUCGGAUUGGCAGCCUUUUGGUACCGUCAUGUUACUGGAGACGAAGCCUUUUUCAAGGAGAAGCUUUGGCCCAUGGUCCUCGCCAUUGGUUACGCAGUUGACACCCUCUUAAUUAAAGAUGGGAAUGGUUAUUCAAUCCAUAAUAUGACGGACCCCGAUGAGUUCCACAACAACAACAAGAACGGAGCUUUUACUCUCGCCUCAUUUUCUCGACUGUUAACACUGAUUAACCAGUACGAAGAAGAGAAUGGGCUCCCAGUCAACAAGAGCUGGGUUCACAAAGCGGCCAAUGUCAAUAUUCGCAAAGCCGAGUCUAAUAUUACUCUGGAGUACGAGGGCAUGACGAACAAUGCGACAGUCAAGCAAGCGGACGUUACCCUGAUGAUCCAUCCAUUGAACUUCUACCCAUCCUUGAUGGAACAAUGGGAAAACCUCCUCUACUAUGACCAGAAACAAUCCCCUGAUGGGCCAGCCAUGACUCAUGCAAUUUCUGCCAUUGCCAUGAAUCGAAUGGCAAAAUCGGGCUGUUCAGCAUUCACGCGUCAAAUCAAAGCUCAGUUACCACACCUGCGGGCUCCUUGGUACCAAAUGUCUGAGCAAGCAAACGACGAUCAGAAUUCCAAUGGAGGCGUGAGACCGAGCUUGCCGUUUCUGACUGGAUCAGGAGGCUCACUUCAAAUACCCCUUUUCGGAUAUCUUGGAGUUACCUGGCUGAAAGGCAAUUUGACCAUUCGUCCGGCACUACCGGCCCCUCUGAAGUAUCUUCAAAUUGCAGACUUCUACGCUAGAGGAAACCGAUUUAGGGCAAGUAUGAACAGCACUCACACUAACAUAACGCGGCUUCCGGCUGAGGUUCCUGGCCUUUUUGAUGCUUUCAAGCAUCGGCCGAUGCCACUGAUCAUCGAAACACGCAACACAACAGGACGUGAUAUUCUCAAGACCGCCUACAGCAUUAAAAUGAAGCAAACGAUUACUGUAGCGAAUGACAUGUACUGGAAAGAGCUCACAGUCGCGGACAACCUUUUGCAAUGCCAACCCACAUUUUCAGAAGGCCAAUCCAUCGCUGGGUAUCCGCCAGGAGCAGCGACAGAUGGUGAUACAGGUACCCGCUGGCAACCAUUGACCCAAAACGCUUCGAACAUAACUGUGGAUACGAGCAAUGUUCCGUUCCAAAGAGUUGUCCAAUUGAGUUUCGAUUGGGGACCACGAACACCAACGACUGCUCGAGUCGCGUUCACAAACAGGACCAAUCUCGCAUCUAUUUGGGACGCCAACCCAAUUGUUCUUCCUAUCUUCCCUAGAGCCUUACCAAACGACAAAGUCGCUCUUUACGAAGGGAACACCACAGUGUACAACAUCACUGGAGACCAUUGGUCCGGCAAACACACGAUCCUAGAAGUUGAGGGAUGUCAAGGAUGCGGAGACCUUGUGCCAUUGAAAUUGGACAACGGAACAACAUUUUGGAAAGACGAUGGUUUAGGUGCUUAUGUCGGAGAGUUUGCUGCGGUUGGUGAGACCGGGGUCGAUCUUGUCAAGGGCUCUAAGGAGGUCACUGCAGAUGAGAGGCAAGGCGUCAAGGGCGAAGUGGUGGAUGAUCAGGAAGCUCAUAGCUCGGCCCUGGCUGACUCGUUCAACCCGUCUGGUAUGGAGUGAGAGACGUUACUGCAAGUCUGCAUGUGCCCUCACAAUACCAUGUUAGUGAUGAUUUGACGAAAAUGAGAUGAAAGAAGUCCCAGAAGGUCAACAUAUCCUACGUCUCCAUGCGCCAAGGAGAAGAGCAAAGACUGCAAUGUAAGAUCCGUAAGGAGUUGGCAAUGGAUGAGC